AUUGGAAAGGAAAGCUAUCGAUGACGACUUUAUAGUUUACAUGAAAGUGUGUUUUUAUUUAACUUUAUACGCAUUUACCGCCGACAUCAGUUGCAUUGCAUUCGUUUCCUCCUGCCCUCCAAUGAUGAGGUCCGCUGUUGCGCGUGCCAGCUGCUAGUAAGCGAAAAGGGGGCCACACGACACAGAUUUGGAGCGCCUUUCCAGCCAAAUCACAUGCCCAAAAAUUUCAUUCGCUUGCCUGCGUGGAUGUGUUUUGGUAUCCAUCAUCAUCAUUGCGACGUCGCAACCAGAGCCAGCCAAGACGCCAAUAAAUAGCAAUCAGUUAAUUGCCGCGAUUAGGUCAGAACAGUCGAUAGAUAGCCUCAUCGCAGAGGCCAGGAAUAAGUCGGCUCCAACAAAAACAACAACAACUAGCCCCCAAAACGCACAGCUCUCUCUGUGCAGCACUCACACACACACACCAGCAACAACAGAACCCACACGCAGAACGCAGACGGGAGCGAAGUAUGAGUAAUACGGCGGAAAGUAACGGGAACCGGCGCACUGUCGACUGGCAGCGCUUCGGUCUUGGCGGCGAUGAUGACGGUGAGGUGGCCGUGGCCAGCUUUCGCCAGCGGACCAACAACAACACGGGCGGAUUCGUGGACCUGGGCAACGAGUACACAUACGCAGCCGGUGGCCACCAUGCCUCCGGAGCGAACGAGAUAUUCGCCGGGGAGCAGGGCGAUAAGCCUUGGUGGCGCUCGAACUUCUUCAUCUCGCAGCCGGUGCUGUUCGGUACCUGGGAUGGGGUCUUCACCUCCUGCCUGAUCAACGUUUUUGGCGUGAUCGUGUUCCUGCGCUCGGGCUGGAUCGUGGCCCAGGCGGGCAUCAUCAAUGCAGUGGCCAUCAUCGUCUGCACCGUCCUCAUAGCCCUGGUGAGCGUCCUCUCGGCCAUCGGCAUCUGCGAACGCUGCCGUGUGGAGAGUGGCGGCGUUUACUUUUUGAUUGCGCACACCCUGGGCUCCCGUUUCGGUGGCGCCCUGGGUCUGCUCUACUGCUUUGGCCAGGCGGUGGGCUGUGCCCUGAAUGUGCUGGGAUUCGGCGAGUCGAUGGCCGGACUGGUCGGACUGCAGGGCAACAAUUGGGCGGCUCGUGGCUUUGCCACCGCUGCUGUUCUUCUCCUGGGCUGCAUUAAUGUGGCAGGCGUCAAGUGGGUCAUCAAGCUGCAGUUCAUUCUGCUCAUGAUCCUGCUCAUCUCGGCGCUGGACUUUAUGGUCGGCAGCUUUGUGGGUGUAGAUCCAGAGAAUGGCUUCGAUGGCUGGAUGAGCGGCAACUUUGCUGAAAAUCUCUGGCCAAGGUACGAGAACGGCUAUUCGUGGUUCCGCGUCUUUGGCGUCUUCUUCCCCACCGUCACCGGCGUUCUGUCGGGCAUCAACAUGAGCGGCGACCUGCGCGCACCCUCCACAGACAUACCAAACGGCACCCUGGCUGCCUUUGGCACAUCGACAUUUUUGUACUUGGUGUUUGUUCUGUUCCUGGGGGCCACCUGCCAACGGGAUAAUCUCUACAAAGAUUACAUGAUCUCCGUCAAGGUGUCGGCGGUGCAUUUCCUGCUCCUGGCCGGCAUAUACGUGUCCAGCAUGUCCUCCUGCUUAGGCGCCAUGUAUGGCACACCACGCGUACUCCAGAGCAUAGCCAAGGAGAGCGUCAUUCCAGGCAUCGAUGUGCUGGGCAAGGGUCGCGGACCCAACAAAGUACCACUGUAUGCCAUGGCCAUUGUGGCACUCGUGACGGUCACCUUCAUUAUUGUGGGCGACAUUAACUUCCUGGCCCCCAUUGUGACCAUGCCCUUCCUGCUUACCUACGCCUGCAUCAACUACGCCUACUUCGCCUUGGCCCAGACCUUUGACAUACAGGAGCAGCGCGAGGAGCGCUUCCGCAUCCAGGCCUCGAGCCCCAGCUACGAGACACGUCGCUACGGCAGCGUCUCUGAUGGUGGCAACGACCUGGACCUGCUCUUCCCCGAUCGAGUGCGUCACAAGAAUUUGCAGAGUCCACAGAACUCGCCCAUGCACCAGGCGGCGCCAAUGGAGUUCGACUUGGAGGGGCCCAGCACCUCCACGACAGCGCCGGCAUCGAGCCAAGCCGCGGUAGCUCAGGCAUCAUCAACGACAACAACAGCAGCAGCCACAGAAACGGGCACAGAAGAUGCCACUGCGCUGUCAGUGGAGCAGUCGGCCACACAGGGCGGCAGCGAGGACGAGAACGAACCGAUUGCACCCAUCCGUCCGCCCAUACAUUCCAAGACGAAAAACUGGUACUCUGGCUACUGCAAUCGCUGGUUCUCCCUGGGAGGGGCCUUUGUCAAGUUGCUGGUGAUGCUGCUGGUCAACUGGUACUACGCUCUGACCUGCUUCCUGGUGGUCUUUGUCGUUUGGUUCUAUGUGGGCACAGCCAAUCCAGCCGUCAAGCCCGGCCUGACAGCCGAAUUCAACUUUUUCGCCUGGCUCAAGAGCGUCAUAUUCAGGUGUUUCGGCAAGCGCAGUCAUGAGUAUGAGCAGAUUGUGGUGACGCCCUCAUGUCCGGGCGUAGAUCUGUCGCCGACGCAGCUGAACGAGCAGAACGAGGACUUUAGGCCGCGGCCCAACUACCACCACUCGUCCGUCAUCGAGGGUCGCCUGAUCGACGACAUCUAGAUUCUAGAUAUAUGUAGAUGCGUGGAAUGGGGGUGUGGGGGCGAACGUCGCUGUGCAGCUGUAGCAAGCAAUAUUUGAGUGCAUUUCUGCAAAGCUAGAGCUAGAGCUAAACUAAACUAAAACAAAAAGAUAACACAACUAAACUAUAUACUUACAUAACUAUGCGAUAUGAAUGUUUGUAUUUCAAUGUAUGGAUGUGUAUGUUGUGUUCGUGUGUUUAAGCUAGGAGCUAAGGAUAUACUAUAUGUAUGGUAAUUAUGUUUAGUCCAGGCACAGGCAUUUACAACCGAAUAUUCCCCUUUGUCCUUCCAGCACAAGCAGCACAUUGGCACCCGCACACACACAUAUUCAUACCACACAGGCACGCACAGCGCACAGACAGAACGGAACGAAACGAAACAGAACAGAACAGCUCAGAGCAGUCAUUUUUGUAUACAUAUUAAUUAUAAUUUAAUUAACUUAAGUUUUUGGCACGCUUUUCAAUGUGUUCCUUGUUCGCGUAAUUAUUUCUAGAUAGAAAGAAAGAAAGAGAGAGAAAAAAAACAGCUAGAGCGUGUAAAAUUGUUGCUAAAUGGAUAUGUUUCCGCACACUGACAGCAUUUUGGAGGAGACAUAUGUGAUACUGAGAUAAUAAGUGAAACCAAAAAAAAAAAGGAAAAAAAAAACCAAUUAAAAUUUUCAGAAUCUGACGACUUUGCAUUUGAAAGAAAGAA